AUGGCAGUUGACAUUGACAACCAUCAAGACAUUUUCGCCGCUGCCAGCGUGGCUCAGAUCCAUGAGGCCCUCAGCCAAUUGCAUGACCACGAGGCCAGCGUCACCCAGCGCCUAAACGCCCUCAUCGCCUCGCAGAAGGAUCUCUCGCGCGAACUCGGUCGCCUCGAUCUGCUCCGCGCCCACCUCGGCACCCAAGCGGUCAAUACGCGAGCCAUCAGUAAUGGCAUACUCUCCGACGCCGCCUCGACUGCGAACCGAAUAUCAAGCGCCGUGAAGCGAUUAGACCAGGAACAGUCCAAUGUCAAGGCAACACUCGAGGUGGUGGAGCAGGUGGCGGAACUGAAGGCAUGUGUGCUGGGCGUACAUGGAUCUAUGGGGGCCCCGCAGGACUGGGAAACUGCAGCUGGCUAUCUGAGCCGCGCCGCGAAGAUACCUGACGACGUUGUAAACGGCAGCUUCGCAGAGGAGAUUGUGCCGACUGCUGAGGUGCCUGAUCCGCCGCGCGUGACACUAGAUGCAGCAGCAGAGUCGCUAUGUGGCCUCUUCUUACGCGAGUUUGAAAAGGCAGCGCAAGAAGGCGACGGCUCCAAGGUGACGAGGUUCUUCAAGCUGUUCCCCUUGAUCGGACGGACACAUGUAGGCCUGGACGCAUACGGUCGCUAUGUUUGCCAGGGAGUAGCUUCACGGGCGCGGACAAACUUCAACUCGGCUGCGCCAGCCCAGAGGAACGAGGGCUUCUUCUACGGCAACACCAUCACAAAGCUGUUCGAGCACAUCGCCCAGAUUGUCGACGGUCAUGAGCCGCUGGUAGAACGCCAUUACGGGCCAGGCAUGAUGCAGAAGGUCAUUGAACGUUUACAAAUUGAGGCUGAUGUGCAAGGGGGUAUCGUGCUCGACACAUGGCAUGAAGAGCGCCACAUUGACCGCAAGCUGACUGAUAUCAAAUCAUAUGCCUUCUCCUUCCUUGUCCAGAGCUUUCUUCCCUCACAAAAACCUGCUUCUGGAACACCCCGUUCCAGCUCGCCAGCUAAUGGUGCUGGUCGAACAAGCGAAGACGAGGGAGUGGACAUGAAAGAGAUUGAUGGCUUGCUUGGAGAGGGCGCACUGAUGCUGGGUCGGUAUGCGUUGUAUGCGCGCUUCCUCUCUGACAAGUGUGCACCCCCCGAACCUGAAGACCGCAUCGACUAUGGCUUGGUAAUGCCCAACUUCUUAGUCACCAGCAACCUCCACAAGAAGGUUAACAGCCAUCUCAUCGAGCCUGUCAAUGCCAUGACAACCUUCUUCUUUCGUCGAUCAGUGGAGAAGGCUUUCCAGCUGGACGAGCCACCAGCAGAUCUUACACUGAACCCUACCAAACCUCUUGGAUCCAAUCCACCUUUCAUCACCUCUGCUGUAGACGAUGUCAUGUACAUUGUUAACCAAGUCAUUCAGAGGACACUAGCAACCUCACAACGUGCCGUCGUUUCUAGUGUUGUGCCUGCGGUGAGCCACAUCUUAGGCGCAGAAUUCAUCGGUAUGAUACAACGCAAGAUGCGGGACGAAAGCUAUCCCAAGCCUGUCAUUCAGGGCGGUCUUCCUCCAGAGGACAAGGUCAUAGCUUUCCUGGUGCUAAUCAACAAUCUGGAUAUCGCAAACGACUAUGUUAAACGCAUAGUUCAACAGCAACUGGGCCGUCAAUCGCAAGCUGGCGACGAAGAUGUGAAGUCACCAUUGCACGACCUCUUUCCAUUUGGGCACGACGCGAUAUUCGUUGAGAACACACUAAAAGCGAUGGAGAAGGCCUUUGCAUCUAAGAGCGGAGAUCUUCUCAACGACGGCAUUACUGUCUUGUUUGCCAACGUCCUCAAGCCUCGCAUUCGACCUAUCCUGGCUGAGGCCUUCCGGGACAUCAAGUACGACCCGGAGGACGAUGAGAACGAGGAUGAAGAAGAGGAGGAUGUUGAUGUGGUAAAGUCACGCUUUGACCGCGGUUGGGGAGUUGUGAUCCGUCCCAUCAAGCGCAUCUUGACCUCCGCAAACUUUGAUCGUCUCCUUGCUCUGGGAUUAAACUCUCUCGCCUCUUCGCUCGAAAAGCGCAUUAAGAGCUACUACGGCAGAGUCAACGAGCUGGGUGCUGUCAGGCUCGAGCGCGAUGUCGCUGGUAUCAUCACUGCAGCUACAAGUGGCGGCGCGUAUUCACUUCGCGAUGUUUUCCAGAAGAGUACUCAGAUGACUUUGAUUCUAAACAUGGAAGACGAUGAAUUCGAGGAAGUGGCGGAUGAUACGUCAGGCGAGUCGGGUAUACCCUGGGUAUUGGAUGCUGAGGAGAGGAAAAGAAUAAGAGCUAUUGUGAAAGGCUGA